UUUGCCACGCUGACUGGUCGAGAUGCAGAUGUGGUAUCUGUGCCUGUUUCUGAUAACGCUAACUGGGACCUUGUCCUCCGAAGUUGAUCCCCAUUGUAGACCCAAUCUCUGCAUGAAUUCGGAAGUCCAUGUGGGCUGCUUUCAACCCAAGGCUAUAGCCGAGCAAUGCGGAAAAAACAAUCUGUUCCUGAACGUCAAUGGAGCCUUGAAGGAGGGCAUCCUCAGCAGGAUCAACCUGUUGCGCAACUACGUGGCCAGUGGUGUGGGCAACUAUACGGUAGCCGCUCGCAUGCCGACGAUGGGCUGGGAUUUCGAACUGCAGAGGCUGGCCGAUCGCCAGGUUCGCCAAUGCGAUGAGACGGGAAAGUUCUGCGCCAAUACGGAGAAGUAUCACUAUGUGGCCACCACCGAAAUCCGCAGCAAAAUGAAACGCAACAAAAGCCUGAAACAAUUGGUUCUAGAUAAACUGCUGCCGGAGUUGUUCCUGGAUGUCCUGGGAUGCGUGAGAGAGAGUAAGAAAAUAGUGCCUCUAAGAGAAGGAACCUGUGUGGGCCACUAUUUGCCCCUGAUUCAGGAUCAUGGUUCUCAUAUGGGAUGCGGCCUUCGUGUGAAGGGCAGGACUGAGAAGGAGUCGAAUAUCAUCCUGCUCUGCCACUUUUCGCGGGCCAGCGUGAACAACAUGGUGCCGUACGAGGAGGGCCACGUUCCUGGCGAGAAGUGCGUCACUGGACCCAGCCAGAUGUACCAGUUCCUCUGCAGCGAGGAAGAGACCGUGGAUGCCAACAGCAUGCUGGUGACAGCGAAGAUGCCGCCCAGCGAAAAAAUGGUAGAAGACAUGUAAAUGUACACUUAUAAAAAGGUACUUUGGUACUUAAUAUUCACAUACAUACUAUUAUCAAAAUAAAAAUCUAUAAAACCAA